AUGAGGCUUCCUCCUCCUGGAACAGCGCCUAGUCUGGUCGAUGUUGAGCUUGUUGAGAUGACCAAAGAGUGGUCCCCUAUCAAGAAGCGAAUGUACAAGACUCAGGUUUGCAAGUAUUUCAUCCGUGGCCGAUGUAUGCACGGACUAUUAUGCGCGUUCGCCCAUUCGGUUGACGAGCUCAACAGGAAGCCCGAUCUUUCUAAGACAAAGCUCUGUACAAAGGUCGGUUGCGUGGAUCCAGGCUGUGCCUUUGCUCAUACUUUGGCUGAGUUAAGGGUGGAUCCCGCUGUCAACGACAACAGCAUGGAGAAGCAGAUUCUCGCUCGGUUCGAUAACCCAACCUAUGCGGAUUACUUUGAAGAACAACGAAGGCUACUGUCGGCUCCGCCGCACACUGUUGUUUCCCGCCAGUCCCCUAUUAAGAACGAGAAACCGAUGCUGACUAGGGUUCCUCGUCGGCAGUGUCCUAAACUUUCGACAGAGGCGUAUAAUUUUCCUGGUGCGGUGUUGCAAGGAUCAAUGCCCCCAUCUGAGUUGAGUUACGGAGGUAACUGGGUUGAGAUCAAGAGGGCUGAUGAGGGAAAGCUCUUCGCAUUUAUUGCUGAGAGGCAUCACACCUAA